AUGGAGGAAAUAAGAGCCGUGGCAGGCGCGCCGGUGGGCGACCACAAGACCAAGUCGCGGAAACGGGCCCGGGACGCCGAGAAUGCGGAACGCGCAGUGCAACCGCGGAAGGCCGACUUUCGGCAGCGCGCGCACUGCAAUCCUCUGAGUGACUUUCUGCUUCCCGCCCCAGUGUCACCGCACCACGUGGAUUGGAGCUUGCACUACCGGGAGAUGUACGUGGAACAUAAUGCGUCCCAGAUAAAGGACAGCGAGCGGAUCGACCAGGAGAAUUGUGCCCCCGCAACGACACUAAGCCUUUCCCCCGCACCAGAAGGACAUCAAGACCAGCAAAGUUUGUAUCUGAACACGGCCGAGUACCCGUUGAGCUACGACUUGGAACCCGUGUCCGCCACGAAAAACACGGAAACCCUGCGGCCCUCGCUUCUGGACGUCGGCUGUGGAUUUGGGGGCCUGACCAUUGCGCUCGCGAAGCAGUUUCCGGAGAAACUGGUGCUGGGAAUGGAAAUCCGGGAACAAGUCACCAACUAUGUCGGCCUCCGGAUCAAGGCCUUUCGCGAAAAGCACAGUCUGCGCAAAGCGGAAAGUUGUAGUAGUGCGGAAACCAAGAAAGAAGAGAACUGCGCCGAGGAGGGAGAAAAUGUUGUCGACCACGAAGUGAUAGUAUCCAGGGCGAAAGAUGAGGAUGAGAAACAAGUAGACCAGGCUGCUAAAAAAGUAUCCGAGGACUGCUCGGACUCGCACCACUUCCAUAACGCGGCAGUGCUGCGAACGAACGCGAUGAAGUCCUUCCCGAAUUACUUUCCGAAGCAAUCCCUGGAAAAAAUCUUCUUUUGCUUCCCUGACCCGCACUUCAAGAAGAAAACGCACCGGCGCAGGAUUGUGAACGAUUCGCUUUUGAGCGUGUAUGCGUACAGUUUGAAGGAAAAAGGACGCAUUUACACCAUUACCGACGUCAAGGAUCUGCACGACUGGAUGUACGCAUGUUUGGAACAGCAUCCAACCUUUAAGGAAGUCGACUCGUCGAACCGACGCGCCGCAGAAACCAACCACGAUCUUGGGUUCUCGUCGUCCUCCGUCUCGAGCAAAGCCGUUACCAGUGACAACGCCAAGCAUGGCGACGGCAAGAAAAAGAUGGUCGACGAGGAAGACAUGCCACGCAUGAAGGCCCGCCAGCAGAUGCUGGAUAGCCACGACGACGUUUGCGUCAAGCUCAUUCACGAGGCCACCGAAGAGGGACACAAGGUGCAAAAUUUGGGGCGAUUUGGCAAGGAAAUGUACUUUUCCGUGUUUGAAAAAGCAGCUGGUACUGCUGAAGUUGAGCAGUAGUGGUCCACUAAAUAAUCCUGAGACCACCCAGUAGUUCUUCAAAUCGAAAUGCAACUCUCCGGCGGGGCAGACGAAAACAACGCAGACACGUAUGCGCAAUGGCAACAAGCUUUCAGCAUGAUUUCAUCCCUGAAGUAACGUCAGAGCAACAGAUGCAGCCACCGAUGAAAUGCGUGCGACGUUUCCGCUAGUGACUUUGAUGUUCGUGAAUGAUAAGUGCCAAAGAUUUCCGUUCGAAAUCAGUCGCUGCUUCUUCGUAAAUUUCGAAAGUCAUCGUAGCUAGCGGCGAGAUUCUAUUCGUUCUUCAUAUACAAGAGACAAAGGUACAAGAAGAUGAUCAUAGAUUUCUGCAAAAAGAUGAAGUAAGUAGAGGUAUUGACCUGGCUUGUGAAUUGUUUG